CCGGCGCCGCGGCUAGCGCGCCCGCCUCGCCUUAGCUUCCCGCGCCGCCCGCCGCCUUGGGGGACGAGGAGCAGGACGCGGCCUCGGUGGGGCCCGGGCCGAAUCGCUGCGGACCGCCGAGCGCCGGGGAGCCGAGCGCCGCGGUCUCCGGCAUGGAUCAGUGCGUGACGGUGGAGCGCGAGCUGGAGAAGGUGUUGCACAAGUUCUCGGGCUACGGGCAGCUGUGCGAGCGCGGCCUGGAGGAGCUCAUCGACUACACCGGCGGCCUCAAGCACGAGAUCCUGCAGAGCCACGGUCAAGAUGCUGAGUUAUCAGGGACCCUCUCACUCGUUUUGACACAGUGCUGCAAAAGAAUAAAGGACACCGUUCAGAAGUUGGCCUCCGACCACAAAGACAUCCAUAGCAGUGUUUCUCGAGUCGGGAAAGCCAUCGAUAAGAAUUUUGAUUCUGACAUUAGCAGUGUGGGAAUAGAUGGCUGCUGGCAGGCAGACAGCCAACGGCUUCUCAACGAGGUGAUGGUGGAACACUUCUUCAGACAAGGAAUGCUGGAUGUAGCCGAGGAGCUCUGCCAGGAAUCUGGGCUGUCUGUGGACCCAAGUCAGAAAGAACCAUUUGUGGAGUUAAAUCGAAUAUUAGAAGCAUUAAAAGUCAGAGUUCUGAGACCUGCCCUGGAGUGGGCAGUGUCAAACCGAGAAAUGCUCAUAGCCCAAAACAGCUCCUUGGAAUUUAAGCUACACCGACUGUACUUUAUUAGCUUGUUAAUGGGUGGAACUACAAAUCAGCGGGAAGCCUUACAGUAUGCGAAAAAUUUCCAACCAUUUGCCCUAAAUCAUCAAAAAGACAUUCAGGUAUUGAUGGGAAGCCUUGUGUACCUGAGACAAGGGAUUGAGAAUUCACCAUAUGUUCACCUGCUUGAUGCAAACCAGUGGGCUGACAUCUGUGACAUCUUUACACGGGAUGCCUGUGCCCUCCUGGGGCUCUCCGUGGAGUCUCCGCUCAGUGUCAGUUUCUCCGCAGGCUGUGUGGCACUGCCCGCUCUCAUUAACAUCAAAGCUGUGAUCGAGCAGAGACAGUGCACUGGAGUUUGGAACCAGAAAGACGAAUUACCUAUUGAAGUGGACCUUGGUAAAAAGUGCUGGUAUCACUCCAUAUUUGCCUGCCCCAUUCUUCGUCAGCAGACAACAGAUAACAAUCCACCCAUGAAGUUGGUUUGUGGUCAUAUUAUAUCAAGAGAUGCCCUGAAUAAAAUGUUUAAUGGUAGCAAAUUAAAAUGUCCAUAUUGCCCAAUGGAACAAAGUCCAGGAGAUGCCAAACAGAUAUUUUUCUGAAGAAAUGAGUUUGUUUGCAGCUUGUAAGUGAAACUGAAUUAUGGGUCCAUUGGAGACAAGGGAAGGGAAGAAGCGAUCCAUUGACUGCAGCUGUCCAAGGACUACUGGGUUUGUAAGCUGUGCUCCAAAAGCUGCUGGCACACUCGUGUGCACGAGGGAGGGAGUGCUCCAGACGGGUGUUACAUAGGGCUUUUCACUCUUGGUCUUUGCUUCGGAUCAAGUAAACACACCAGCAGUUGUCAUUCAGUGCAGGUUUUGUACUUCCUAUACGGUGAUUUCUACUUCAAACAGAAACAGAAGUGGCCCUUCCUGACCUGUGUUUAGUACUCCUCCUGCUUUUCCUCCUGUCAUCUUCUUGAUAAUUGUAAGCUUGAGCGUGUUUGUGGAAGAACUUUCUUUCUUGUUAUGUAUACAUAAUUAAAUGAAAAUUCUUCAUAGGAGUUUGACAAAUUGAAUUGUGGUUAUACAACGAAUUUGCUUUUUUGUUUUGUUUUUCUUUUUUGGCUUAAGGAAGAAAGCUGUGAUAAAUUCCAAAUGUAUGUUGCUUUUUGAUGUUUUUCUCUGCUCCAGCUCCUGCUUCAAAAUCAGCACGCCUGCAUUCGAGUUCUGUCUAUAAGCCCUAGAAGGCUUCCUGUUUAAAAUCCCAUCAUGAAUUUAGCAGGCUGAUAAUGAAAAUGAAAGAGAUAUUACUGGUUCUUUGCUUUUAUUACCAAGAGGUGCUUUUUAAAAAGUAUAUUUAAUAAAUGGAAUUCUGAAGUUA